GCUCUCUCAGUGGACAUUAAUGUCCACGCGGAACAAGAAGACAAAAACUCUUCUCUCCUUCUCGUCUUCGUAGAUAUUAUCGAGAAAGUCGGAAUUAACUCAUUGUUUUUCCUUCGAUUGUAAUUUCUUGCACGUACAUGUCGAAAAUGGAAAGGGAAAAGAAUUUCGGAAGGAGAUUUGAAGGGAAAGUUGCACUCGUGACUGCGUCAACUCAGGGGAUCGGUUUCGCAAUUGCUGAGCGGCUUGGCUUGGAAGGUGCCUCUGUUAUCAUCUCCUCUCGAAAGCAGAAAAACGUUGAUGAAGCUGUUGAACAACUCAAAGCUCGAGGAAUAAAAGCGAUUGGAGUCGUUUGUCAUGUGUCGAAUGCUCAACAGAGAAAGAACCUUAUUGACAGAAGUAUUCAGAGAUACGGAAAAAUAGAUGUUGUUGUAAGUAAUGCUGCUGUCAAUCCAUCUGUCGAGACCAUUUUGGAGACUGAAGAGGCUAUUCUCGACAAGCUAUGGGAAACUAAUGUCAAGUCCUCUAUACUUCUCUUAAAGGAUGCAGUUCCUCAUAUGCCAAAGGGCUCUUCAAUUAUUUUCAUUUCGUCCAUGUCUGCAUUUUUACCGCAGCCUUCCCUGACUAUGUAUGGAGUGACAAAGACUGCUCUUGUUGGGCUAACAAAAGCCCUUGCGCUCGAAAUGGCCCCAGAUAUUCGCGUUAACUGUGUUGCUCCCGGAACUGUGCCAACACAUUUUGCUUCAUACCUAACUACCAAUAAUGAUGUGAAAGUGGCUAUUGAGGGUUUGACUUUGCUCAAGAGGCUUGGAACCACUGAGGAAAUUGCUGCUGCUACUGCUUUCUUGGCUUCUGAUGAUGCCUCUUACAUCACUGGAGAAACUUUGGUGGUUUCAGGAGGCAUGCCCUCUAGACUCUAGUUUAUUUUUUUUAAGAGAACCUACAAAUAAUUUUUUAUCUUCUCUUGUUUACCCUCUUUUGCUUUAUAUAUACAUAUAUAUAUAUACAUGUAUAUAUAUAUAUAUAUAGAGAGAGAGAGAGAGAGGGACUUAUAGUAUAAUUUCCUGAAAGAACCAGAUGUGUCUUGAAAUCCUUUACCAAUAAUACAAAAUACUUUCCCACUA